CGCAGAGGAGGAAUGGCAUUCCUAGAGUUGGUCUAGAGCGGCCCGCACGUCUCCUCCCACGCCCCCUGCCUCAAGAAACCCUUGUAUAGUGUGCCAUAUACAUCACUAACUAACUUUUUACAACCAAAAAGGAUACUUGGUUUAUUCGCUCUCGCUGGGAAAAGAGAUAUAGGACAUUAAACGUUGAUAGGCGAGUCAGUGACAUCCUGCACCGGGUUUCUGUGAUUUCACCUGAAGCGUUACCUCUAGUUUUUUUUGUGUACUGUAGACUGGAGGUUGGUGUAUGGGGUGUCGGUGGUAGAUAUACACAGGAUGCGGUGGUGGACUCCUGUCUGGCUGUUGGUAGGUGUGGUGCUGGGUGGUGCGGCGGGACAGUGGUUUGGUGGCCAGACAGUCUCCAAGGGGGACACAUCCGCAGUCGAGCGAUGCUUCUGCCAGCUGAAAGGUGCUAUAGAUGAUUGUUCCUGCUCUGUAGAGACAAUUGACAGUUUCAACAACCUAAGAAUAUUCCCCAGGCUCAAUAGUUUGUUACAUCAAAACUUCUUCAGGUAUUGGAAGGUCAAUUUAAACAAAAAAUGUCCAUUCUGGGAGGAUGAUGGCAAAUGUGCAAUUCGUUAUUGCAGUGUACAACCAUGCACAGAUGUCCCAGAAGGCAUCAAGGGAGCAGUCACACCUAAUGGAAUUGACACGUCACAAAGGCAAAUGAAGAAAUCUCCACCGACUGCAACAGACUGUGAUGCCGAGAAUGAUUUGGGUUACCUCAACACAACGCUCAGUAAAGAGUCUAUUGAUGGGUUUGAGCGGUGGGCUGCUCAUGACGAUGCUCAGGAUAGUUUUUGCUACCUAGAUGAUGAUUCGUCCCUAGACAGUGAGUAUGUGGACCUCCUGCUAAACCCCGAGAGAUUCACAGGUUAUGCUGGAGACUCUACACAUCGUAUCUGGAGAGCUAUAUAUCAGGAAAAUUGUUUCAAACCUACAAGAAGUUUUCGGCCAUAUGCAGACUUCAGUAAUAUUGGAGAUUUAUGCUUAGAAAAGCGUGCAUUCUACCGAGCCAUCUCGGGCCUCCACACCAGCAUCAACAUUCAUCUGUCUGCACAUUAUCUCCUCUCUGAUAAAAAUGGUUUUGCCGAAUCCAAGGACGGAGUGUGGGGUCACAAUUUAGAGGAGUUUCAGCGCAGAUUUGAUCCAGAGAUGACGGGAGGAGAAGGACCGCUUCGUCUCAAGAACUUGUAUUUUGUUUACUUGCUCGAACUUCGAGCAUUAGCCAAAGCAGCACCAUACUUGGAAAGCCUCGAGUUUUACACUGGGAAUGAAGCUGAAGACAGUGAUGUAAGAAAGGCAGUCACAGAUCUCCUGACUGUUGUAAAGAGUUUUCCAGAGCACUUUAAGGAAGAAACAAUGUUCACUGGGGGACUACAAGCCACCAAGCUUAAAGAACAAUUCCGUGAACAUUUCCGCAACAUUAGUCGUAUCAUGGACUGUGUAGGAUGUGACAAAUGUCGACUGUGGGGCAAGUUACAGGUUACUGGCUUGGGGACAGCUUUAAAGAUACUAUUCUCAGGCAACUUUGACCAACCUUUGGAUCAGCAAUUAAAUUUAUCAGCAGUGAAGCAAACCAAGUUUCAACUGUCACGAGGAGAAAUUGUUUCUCUAUUCAAUGCAUUUGGGAGGUUAUCACGCAGCAUCAUGGAACUUGAAAACUUUCGCCAAAAAAGCCUAAGAUAAUAAUGGCAAUGAUCUCGAUGAACAUUUUCUGUGAUAUUUGUUAUACAUAAUAUUUGUACUGUCACACAUUGUUAUGAUAAACAGUGGGUUCAUAAUGACCUGUUGAGCAGUUGUGAAAAUAAUGUGCUGCACUUUAAAUACCUUUAUUAUAAUUUGCUAUUUUAAAAAGGAACAAGUAGCCUCUUUAUUGGAUGCAACAAAGAACAUUAUUAUGUAAUACUACGUACAUAUACGUGUACUACAGUACUCUUAUCAGUUGAAUAUUAACAGACUACAAAAUCACACAUUUUAUCUGAUAAUUGACACCUUUGACAGCAGACUAUCACAGAUUAUCCCCACUACUGUACUAUGUCUGUAGUAUGGUAUCCCAGCCGUCCCUAGCGAUAGUUUGGGUGCUUGGUGUAGGAGACACAGGAUACAUUUCUCGAUUGCCUCUUAUAAAAAUCAUACCUGAUGAUUUUCAAGGAUGUCAUAAUUUUUAUAAUUAAAGUGGCUAAAAAAAUAUUUAAGUAUAAUUUUGUGCUAUUACUGUGACUGAUAUUAUAGCGAGACUUGCACAACAAAAUGUAUUAAUGCUAUCACCGAAUAACUCGUUGAUGUUUCCUUUGUAUAAGAGGACAGUGCAUUCGGUAAACAGUGUUUGUCUUGUGAUUAUUAUAUAGGUAAACUGACAAGUUGGAUUUUGAGCAUAUUUGUGUUCUGUGACAUAUUGAUAUAUUAUCUGGUUCUAGAGACCAAUUGUGGUAAAGGGAACAUUUAUGAAUAACUGCUAAAUAUUUUUGACUAUACAGUAUGGUAGUUGCUUUUUUAAUUUUUUAUUGAUACGGGAUUUAGGGGAAAUAUAUAUUUAAUUGCAUAUGACUACUGACUAAUAUGAGCAGCGUGGUUGGUUCUGUCCACUUUUUCCAGAUUCACGUUGUAAUCACCUAUUUAUUACAGCAUCAUUGUAUUCUACCAUAAAUGCAUAUGAUUUUUUUUUUAAUGCUUAGAAUUAAGGUGCACAAAGAUAAAGGGACUAGAGGCCUAAUAGGCAUGAUAAUGCAUCUGUCAGUAACACUAAGCUCAGUAUUAAAUAAAUUUAUUUUAUUGAUCAAAUAAAUGUUUUUGCUUUCAUAAGUCUUUUGGUCAGUGAGGUGAAGCACUGAGUCUGAUCAGUAACUGAAUGGGUGACUGCACAGGCAGCCAUGUCUGUGCGUGGAUAAAUACAUUUUUCUAUAAAAACCAUAUUUCUUAAAUAUAAAAUUUAGUGAAAUUUGCUUUCCCCAAGAAACAGAACUGGUUUGAAAAAUAUUGGACAGAAUAAUCCUAAAACCACAAAGACAAUGGGGAUAAUAAGAUUUGUCUACCUACCUAAUAAUGGUAGCUUGGCCACUUGGUUGACUACUCGAUCAGUCAGGAUCUCGGUACAGUACUUGGAUGCAGUGACUACUUCAUAUUAUUUGUUUUCAAGAUGUAAUGUUAAUUUGGAAGUAUGUUAAUUCCCCAUUUUAUUUAAAACAUUUAGACCCCUUGUAUUUGUUAUCUGUAACUUUUAGCAAAUAUUGAAAACUUUGUUUCCAUAAUAUAUAGAUAACGCAUAAAGGAUUGUGACAAUAAUACAGCAACAGACCUCCAAAAGUUGUGAUUAUGACAACAAAAAGUAGCACCAGUGGGAGAAAUGUUUAAUGCUGUUUUAUUUCUCUAAUGCAGAAUGAACAAUAAUAAAUUUAUCACCAUCAAUAUACUUGCACAUGCUGUACUGUAUUUAGAAAAUACUCUUAUGAUAAACUACAUUAAUGAGAUUCAUUAAUAAAGUUGGCAUGAACUUAA